UGUCUGGAGCUGCACCAGUGACUGCUGGAGCAGCGAGACACGCGUCGGAUGAUGAGUGGCCUGCAGCAGGGGCACCCUCCCCGGCAGCACCAGCAGCAGCGACAGCACCCGCACCCGCAGCGGCAGCAGCAGUUAGCAGCGCCUGUGGUGACAGUGGUGGCAGAAUCAUUUGGCGCAGGGGUGGCUCUCAGCCUCGCUGCUAAGCACCCGCACCUGGUCUCCCACCUCUGGCAGCGGCUUUCGCCGCCAGCCAGCACUUCAACUGGGGGCGUUGCUGCACCAAAAGUGCUUUCCCCAGCUACAGUGUCGCGUCGCGUUGCCAUGAUGGCGGCGCUACAGCCAUCCGACGCCCUGCUACAGUCCAUCACAGCCAGUACUCUGCUCAUUGCCAGUGGGGAGGACCGUCUGAUGCCAUCAGUGGAGGAGGCGUACGGUUUGGCGACAUGCAUCCCAUCGUGCCGCAUCAAGAUUCUGCCCUUCUCCGGCCACACCCCCUUGCUCGAGUCCGGCGUUUGUCUCCGGAACGUUCUAGAGGAAUGUGGCAUUCUGCUGCCAUCAGCUGCCUUCCCUCAAGACCCCGUUGCUGCUUCCGAUGACGAAGAAGCGGAGCCUGCUUAUAGCGAGGAUGGAAAGGCAGGAGGGAAGCAGCGCGGCAGCAACGAGGCCAGCAGGAUCGAUUCUGCGUCUGCAGUGGAAGCCGCGACCGAGGCUACCACGGAGCGCACGGGUACGACGGAGGCUGGCACUAGCACGGUUGCUUAUUCCAGAAAUCGAACUGAGACUACCACGGAGGGUAUUAGCAGCAGCACAGCUGGCAGUGCAGCAGAAGAUACAGGUGGUGCGAGCAGUGGAUUAGGUCGAGGCUCAGGUGAAAGUUCAGGUGGAACUUCAGGGAGCGGAGUGGAGGCUGAAGGGUACGGUAGUGAUCCAGGCGAGUUCAGCAUGGAAGGGAAGGACUGGGACGAUGCUGACGUGGACACUGUGCUUGGUAUAAGCAAAGAUGUCAACACGGGUAUGGGGCUUGGUGCGGUACCUGAUAGCUCUGCCUCUGCUGUGCCAUUGCAUGCUGCAGCUGCCUGUGCCUCUGCAUCUGCUGCAGAGGCAGCGGCAGCAGCAGUGGCAACGGUAGCAGGAGUGGCAACAACAGCAGUGACAGCAGUUGCGACAGCGACAGAAGCAAUAGCAGUUGCAGCAGAGCCGGGGGGAGUGUUGCCAAGUCUGGAAGAGGGGGGAGUUCGGACAGAGGGCGAGGGGGAGGGAGAUGUGUGGGUGGAAGUUUCUCGGAAGCAGGAGGAGGCUCGGGGAGAGGUGGUGCUUCGGGAAUGGUCGCAGGAAUGGAACAAGAAGAGGGGGGAGCCGGGGAGAGGGGGAAGGGAUAUGCGGGACGAUGGCCGGAGUAUGAGCUCCGGAGAAGAUCAAGGGGAGAAACGUGAGGGAGAAAACAGCGUAGGACAGCACGAGAGGGCUCUCAAACCAAGGCAGAAGGCAGGGUAGUAUCGAAAGGUCAACAGGACGACAUACAGGACGAAAAUCCAUGGUUGCAAGAUAAGAAGCUGAAACAAGGCUUGAGACAGAGCUCUGAGGCACCGGAAAGGCUCAAGCGAGGGUUGAGACUGGAUGCGUACUUUGAGAUGAUGAAAGGGAAAGGGGAUGCUGCAUGGGCUGGCUGGAUGUUCCCACAAAGCUGCUGCUAACUCCCCGGCUUUGGGUAUUAUUGCCCAAGCUCCAGCAACUAUCCCCACCGCUUCUAAAAAUGGAGCUGCCACCAGCAACAUUGGUGGUGCUACCAGUGCUGUUGCAAGCAAUAGAGCAUCAAGCAAUAGAGCUGCUGAUAGUGAGCAGAUUGUUGGUGGCGCUUCCGAAGCUGCGGGUACUAUCCGGGCUGGGAAGAGUGGCGGUGCUGCUGGGGGAGCUGGUUUGACAGAGGCCGAGGAGGGAAGAGGCACGAGGGGAGGCCUGGGAAACGAAAUGGAGCUUGGGAGAAAGCAACUGGGGAGGGA